UGCAAACAAAAGACAAGCGCUUGAAUAAAAGAACGCUGAGAACGCGCUUGCAAAACGCAUCAAAAUACAACAAGCAGCAUAAACGAGUGGACGUGAAAUCGUAAAUUAUCCAUUUCUAGUUAAACAAAGUGCGUUCUGCUACGGUCGAAUCCAGUGACUCAUCUAUUUUAAGGGCAUCAUAAAGUAGAUACAUAUAUAAUUUAAGGAAUUAUUCGAAACACUUUCCUGCACGAGAUUCACAGAUUUCCCAACAUGAGCGCAUCCGAGGAUCAAGUUGAUAUAAAAGACGAUUUAACUGAUGCUUUCGGCUCGCUCGGUGGCACCUCGGGCAGUUCAGGUGGCGGUGGUAGCGGCGGUAGCGGUUAUUAUACAGGUACUGGCGUCGGUGGUGGCGCCACUGGUGUAGGUGCUAUUGGCCAGCUCGCAAAUGGUUAUGGCAGCAGUUAUCAUAGUUACACAGCAAGCAUGGUGACUGACCGCCAUGCAGCGGAAUACAACAUGCGACACAAGAAUCGUGGUUUAGCGCUUAUCUUUAAUCAUGAAAACUUCGAUGUGCCGACUUUAAAGUCACGCGCUGGGACUAAUGUCGAUUGUGAGAAUUUAGCUCGAGUUCUGAAACAACUAGACUUUGAUGUGAAAAUAUUCAAGGACUGCAGUUUUCAUAAGUUGAAACAGCAUAUAGAGUGGGCUUCACAACAGGACCAUAAAGAUAACGAUUGCAUUUUGGUUGCUGUGCUAUCGCAUGGUGAACUUGGCUAUAUAUACGCAAAAGAUGUACAGUAUAAAUUGGAUCAAAUUUGGUCUUAUUUCACGCCACAACACUGCCCAACCCUGGCAGGCAAACCGAAAUUAUUCUUCAUACAGGCUUGUCAAGGUGACCGCCUGGACCCAGGCGUAAUGAUGAGGCGUACGACUCGCACAGAGACCGAUGGCGAAUCGUCAAUGAGCUACAAAAUUCCAUUGCAUGCUGAUUUCUUGAUUGCCUACUCAACCAUACCUGGAUAUUACUCAUGGCGCAAUACCACACGCGGAUCAUGGUUUAUGCAGUCCCUUUGCGCUGAGUUGGCUGCCAAUGGCAAACGUCUGGAUAUGCUCACGCUCUUGACGUUCGUGUGCCAACGAGUGGCUGUUGACUUUGAGUCUUGUACACCAGAUAAUCCGGAGAUGCAUCAACAAAAACAAAUACCCUGCAUCACUACCAUGUUAACCAGAAUUUUGCGCUUCGCUGAAAAGACAGCUUUGCGGUAAACCUUCUCUGAGGAAGCUGAUUUCUGUAUUAUUGAACAACAUACGCCAUAAUCCACUAUUUGAAUAUCGUAAAUAUCUAAUUAAUUAUUACAUUUACUAAUUAUUAAGAUGAAAAUUCACUGCAAAGUAUUUUAUAUCCAUAUACAAAUGUUCUUUCGUAUUUUAAAUUAAAGUAUGCAUUUGCAUGAAAUUCCUUGCCUCUUGACAACUAGUAUAAGAAUAAUGGAAACAUAGUCCUCUAGCAGCAUUUGAGACGAUUUUUACGAAAAAAGCUAAUUUUUAAGACGUAACAAAAUUAUAUUUAGCUAGUAGAUAUUUUUAUACAUUUAUAACGUAGUGCAAGUAAAGAUAUAUGUGUGUACAUGUCGGUAUUGCUUUUAUAAAUAUGUAAGUGCACUGCCAUGUGCAUUAGAAUCAAUGUAGUAAAUAAAAACAGUUUAUACUUUAUAAAAAAUAA